UCUCUAGCACUCUGAGGGACUAUAAACAUAAGGAACCAGCUAAAUGGGAAAAGAUAUGGGUUGAUUUUUGUGAGGUGACCUUUUUCAGACCAAACGUGUAAGUUUGUUUUACCAAUCUGACUUAUUUAAGGGCAGGACAUGUACAUUUAUUGUCAGUUCAGGCAGGACGGUGAACUGUUUUUGAUGUAAUAUGAAUCAGCUAUGCUUGCCUCGCCAUUCACUGAAUCAGCACAUGUAGAGUUACUGUAACAAAGCCUUUAGAAGUGUGAGGAAACAAAAAGAAAAUAGGUUGUCGUCAAGCUAUGGUCAGCAUCUUCAAGUAAAACCUGAUGUCACACAGUAUGUUAAAUUUUGGGUUGAGUGUUUGGUUUGUCUGCUAACAGACGCACUUUUAAUGAGAGCAGGUACUCAGCAUAUGUGUGUGAUGAAAGUCAACUGAACCUUUGUUGUGAUGAAAAACAAGCAACAGAAGUAGGACACCAAAGUACUGCAGUAACGUUCAAAGUUUUUGCAUUUGCCAAAAUACCACCAAACUAGGUCACUGCCCUCUUUAAGAUGUUUCACUCGCUCAACAGUCAGAUGAAGCAAGUCACCUGAGCGGUAUAUAACUAUGGUUAAAACCUUGUUGGAUUGUAUCUCACUAAGAAACCUUGAAAGGCACGCAGACGACAUGAGAUUCAGGUGAGUUUUUAUCUUUCUUACACAUCAAACAUAAUUUGGUGUUUUGUGAGAUCUUUGAUAAAGAAGAAGAAAAUGAAAACAGGACUGGAUAAAAAAAAAAAAGAUCUCAUUUCAAGACCAAAUAUCCAGGUUGUAUCAUCAUGAACUUUGAAGAUAACUUUAUGUUGGGAAAUUCCAAGAAUGUCAUACUAAAAACAAUAUUUGAUGAUUUAUAAAGAAUAACUUUUGUUUCCAGCUGCUGAGUCAUGCUGAGUGGGUUCUGAGAAAUUAAGAAAGAUGAGCUGAGAUGAAUCUCCACUCGAUCAUUUGGAUAUUUAUUAUUAUACUUAUCAGUUUUUCCAACAAGCGUUGCCCUCUUCUCCUUGCUGACUGCCAGGUCUUAAAUAAGCAUGGCUACCUGACAGUAGAACCAGGUCCGCUCUUCCUCAUAGGCUCAAACCUGACAGUGUACUGCCACCUGUCAAAAUGUAAUCACAGGGCCAAAACCUUCCUGGAGCUGAACGGUAAGAGAGUGGCACCUCGGGAGAAAGUCAACUGCACCACGACAAUAUUCAGUUUGUUCAAUGUCCGGACGCCAUACUCUGCAUUGUACUGCAUCCUACAGAAGGAUUAUCCUGACAUUGUUGAUGGACUGGACCUGCAUGGUGGUCUCCCUCCAGAUAAACCCAAAAAUAUUACCUGUGAGACGUCAAGAAGCUCAGAUUUUAUAAACUGCUCAUGGGAGAGAGGACAGGAAACACACGUCUCUACCACCUACAACAUUUCAGUCAACAGAGAAAAUGGAACCCAGAUGCUGUUAGGUCAAAUCGAAGAUGCUGAAGAAAUUGAAAUACCACGAGCAAUGAUAGAUGAAAACACUAAAUACCAGUUGAUUGUCACUGCUUACAACCAAUUUGGAACAUCACAGUCUGAUCCAGUCGCCUUCUGUGGAAACGAUAUAGUGAUACCAGAGACCCCUCGCAUUAUCCAGAUAAAGUUUGGGAACAACUCCAUAGCAGCCAUUUUGCAAUGGGAAACUGCUGAAUCAUCAGAGCCCCUCAGAUCUUUUGUCCGGCUCCGCACAGUUAACGGCCCCUGGGAAGCGGGAGAGGGAACAGAGCUCAGUGAGGGUCUGAUACAAGUAAAAGGCCUGAAGCCUUUGACUGAAUAUGAGUUCCAGAUGAGAACAUGUAACUCAAUAUCAGGACUGACGCACAUCAGCACGCCCAGGUCAACCACCAGCAAAUGGAAGUCUCUCUGCAGCAAAUGGAGCCCAUCUGUGACAAGGAAAAGCCCCGGAAAAGGUCCAUAUCAGCAGUUGCAUGCAUGGAGGAUGUUAGGCAGCGUCAGAACAAAUAGUUUGCGGUCGGUGACAGUUUUGUGGAAGCCUCCAUCUCCAGAAGAUUUCAGUGGAGAGUUGCAACACUAUAAGAUCUUUUGGGGUAGUGACCAGAAACAAGAAGUGACCUGUCAUGCUGCCUUGAGUCAGUGUUUGGUUGAGGUACCAGCAGAGGUCCAGGCACUAAGCGUCAGUGCUAUCACCUCAUAUGGGGCAUCUCCACCAGCGGAAGUGUCACUCAGGCACUCAGGUGAUUUUGGACCUGUUUUGAGAGAGUUGGCCCCUGCAGCUGAUGAAAGCUCUGUAUUCGUCUCCUGGUCGUGGCCGGGGAACAAACAUUGGUCAACACCUGGAGGAGAACUGCUGUGCUAUGUGUUAGAAUGGACAAGUAUACCUGCGGCAGAGCAGCAGUGGCAAAAACUGAGUAAAGAUGAAGACAGCACAUCUAUCACAGGACUGACUGCAGGUGUGAGGUACAAAAUCUCUCUGUAUGCUGUGACCACCAGAGGUGUUAGUGCGCCAUCAACUGAGCUGGUGUAUUGCAAAGAAGAGAAGCCAGUGUCUGGUCCUAACCUGUCUAUACUGGAGCAUGGGGCCACACGGAUCCAGAUCCAGUGGGACGAGUUGCCUGUGAGCCAGCAGAGAGGCUUCAUCACAAACUACACCAUGUAUAGCCGCACACUGGAGUCCAGCAGCACUGAGCUCCGAGUGACGGUGUCUGGCUCCGACCCCAGACAGAAGUGGUUGGACUGUCCUGAAGGAGGUCUGGCUCUGCAGAUGACAGCAUCGACCUCAGCAGGAGAAGGGCCGCGUGGGAGUCGGAUCUUUUGUCAGCCUGCAACUCCUGCAGUUGGCCUGGUGAUUGGGAUUGUUUUCAUCACUACCCUCUUUAUAGCAAUCAUAGCCAAUCUGAUGUGCUGGAGUUGUGUGAGAAAAAGGAUCAAACAGAAAUGUAUAUCCUGUGGACCUGGUUGGUUUGAUAACCACCUACCAAAACCAGGAAACAGUAUUGCCAUCAGACUGCUGGAGCAGGACGGAGGUGAACCCCUCUUCUCAUCCGCCUACAGUGACCCUCCACUGUCCCCUAUCAGUUUCAUCUCCCAGGGGGAGAGGGACGACGUGUACCCCAACAUUCACAUGGAAAUCUCCGCAGAUCCUGGGACGACGCUCGUUGACAGCCAGUUGGAACAUGUCAGCUACAAACCGCAGAUUGCUACGUUGGAUUUACAAGAAGCGGAGGAGGUGAUGGAGACUGAGGAAGAGCUGAGGGAUGUACAAACAAGUUGGGAGGAAGAUAGAUGUGUAUUUGGAGGAUUACUGAGAGGCUUUCUGUCCAAUGUGGAGGUGGAUUUCUCUGAUUCACCUGUGGGCCUCACUCUCAGCUCUGUCACUGGCCUUCUUUUGCCUAAAACUCCUGCAACAACAACUGUCAUAAAUGGAGCCUUUUUAUUGGGGACGAGGGUGGCUGAGAACGAUGUGGAAGCAGACUCUUCGUCUCUGGAUUUACACCAGGGUGAAAUAAUGACUCACGACACAACAGACACUUGUUUAUCUCAGUAUACAGUUGAAACAACACUGACUGACGGUUAUUUCCCUCAGGUAGCCGCUAUCAGCAGCACUACAAUCUGUGACGCACAGAGGUAGCGGGCACGAUGGGAAUGGCACAAACUUGCACUACUAAACUGAUUUUCAAGAAAGCAUUAUUAAAAUUUGCCGCUUGACCUGAGUGACUUUGUGUAAUCAGGGAAAUAUAUGCCUCAAAUGAUGUAACCAUAAUCAGCUCCGCUAAA